CGCUUCCCCAUAGUUCUUGGAGUUCGCUUGGAGCUGGGAACAAUGCAUGCGGAGUGAAUAGUUUCCGGGUAUUGGAGGAAGGAAGACAGGAAGAACAAAGACCAAAGCCUUUAAAAAGAUUUUUGUAUCACAAAGGUUGGUUUUUGUAGGUCCAAACAACAGCCGAGUUGGUGCAUGAAUUAAUUUAGCACGAGAGGGAAACUGAAUUCAGAAGACAAUGUCUAGCUUCGUUGGUGUUCUUGUCUCUGAUCCAUGGCUCCAGAGCCAAUUCACCCAAGUGCAGCUCCGAACGCUCCAAACAAAAUUCACUUCCGCAAAGAGAUCGGAUGCCGAGCAUGUAACUAUAAAAGAUUUGCCGCCAGUGAUGGAGGAGCUUAGGGGUAUUCAGGAGGUUCUAACCAAGGAGGAUAUCACCAACUUUUUGAGCGAGUCUUACCCUGAUAUGAACGAGCCAAUUGAAUUUGAGCAGUUCCUUAGGGAGUACUUAAGCCUUAAAGCUAAGGGAACCACCAAAUCAGGAGGCCAAAAGAACUUGAAGGGAUCAGUGUCCUUUUUGAAGGCAUCGACCACUACUCUCUUGCACGUCAUUAAUGAGUCUGAAAAAACUUCUUAUGUCAAUCAUAUCAAUAAUUUUCUCGGGGACGACCCUUUCCUGAAGAAUUUCUUGCCAUUGGAUCCAACAUCAAAUGAUUUAUUUAAUCUUAUCGGGGAUGGUGUUCUGCUUUGCAAGUUGAUCAAUGUUGCUGUUCCCGGCACAAUAGAUGAGAGAGCAAUCAAUACAAAGAAGGAUCUGAAUCCAUGGGAGAGGAAUGAGAACCACACUCUUUGUCUCAACUCUGCCGAGGCAAUUGGUUGUACUCUAGUUAACAUUGGGACACAAGAUCUGAUUGAAGCCAGACCUCAUCUAGUUCUUGGUUUGCUAUCCCAAAUCAUAAAGAUACAACUCUUAGCUGAUUUGAAUCUGAAGAAAACACCUGAGUUGUUGGAGUUGGUGGCUGAUGAUAACAGCAAGGAAGCAGAGGAGCUUGUCAACUUAGCACCAGAUAAGAUGUUGCUCAAGUGGAUGAACUUCCAUAUCAAGAAAGCAGGGUACAAAAAAACUGUAACAAAUUUCUCUACUGAUGUUAAGGAUGGUGAAGCGUAUGCUUACCUUCUCAGUGCCCUUGCUCCCGAGCAUAGCUCAACGACCCUGAUAGAAACUACAGAUCCUAAAGAAAGGGCAAAGAAAGUGCUUGAAACCGCCGAAAAGCUUGAUUGUACAAGAUAUGUAACAUCUAAAGAUAUUGUUGAGGGUUCAGCAAAUCUCAACUUGGCAUUUGUUGCAGAAAUAUUCCAGCACAGAAAUGGUUUAUCAUCGAACAAUGUGGCUCCUGUCGUCGAAGAUACCCCUGGUGAUGUUAGGACAGGAUCGGUUCUGCUGGUGGUGCUUGACAAAACAAAAAGCUACGUCUCCCUGAUUCUUUCCACUACGGAAUGCUCUCUGGUAUAUUUGAUCUCGAGUGCGGACCUCAAAGCAGUGACAUGUGGCAAUUUUUGUUGUUUCCCAUGUACUCUUUCGAAGGAACAAUGCAAACAUUCGUUCACAUACACCAUCCAGAGAGAAGGACUCCGCGUGUAGCAUGGCACCCUACGAUGUAGCAUGGCAAUUUACUUAUAAGAAUGUAUAACAACUCUUCUGUGUACACAACAAUUCGUCCUGUUACCCCAUGGCAAUUUUUUUAACAUGUGGGCAAGUCUUCCUUUUUCUUUA